UAUCAUUUUGUUUUUAUUAUUUUUUAAAGUGUUUUCUUGUUUUCCUACCUGGUUUAAAUGGCGGCAUUGUGCUUAGACUUUCUCGGCUUCCAGGAGGCACUGAAGAAGAUGCGAGAUGUGGACGACAAGAUUAUAUAUGCAUUGAAUGCCCUGCCAACGGAGUCGUUUAAGGGUCAGGUGAACAGCGAAAGCACCUGUCGCGAUCUGUACGCGAAGCUCCAGGAGUCACACUUGGCCAGGCAAGAAAGCAUACGCAGUUGCAUAACAAUAUCGGCCAGUAAUCUGAAGAAGCUAAGGGAAAAGCGGGAGACCCAGCCGGAUGAUGUGGAUACGGAUAACCAGUUUAGGGCAGAGCAGCGCAAGGUAAACACCGGAAUACCUAAGUCUAACCCUUUACUGAUGCCUAUGAUCCUUUCCAGCUGCGGGUUCUCCAGGCCGAGCUCAAUGUCGAGGACAUCAUUAAGGAGCGUUCCUACAAGACCUUCAAUGAGCGAUGCCGGUCCUAUUUUCAUGCUGGGCAAUAGGUGGAAUAAAUGCAAUGACUAGUUUUAGGUGGAUUUAUUAGCAGAAGUCUCAUGGAACUGCCAAGCCAGAAGGCAUUUACAUGCACUCCGUUGUAUUACAAGUUGUUUACAACAAGUACAUAAAUAUAACAGUCUAAAAAGCUCAAA